GUGAUCUGACUCCUCAUGCGUUCAUUCCUUCACGUUCUUUGCUGCCACAUCUACAUCAGCGUGCACGAAUGCAGAAUUCCAAGCAUGUAGCUCAAGGAGUUAGAGUCGAGGAAGAAAGGAACCUGGAGAGGAGUCGGACGAGAGGAACCUGGCACAGGGAUUUUGAGGUUCCACUUGCGCACUUCUGUGACACUCUUUACGUCGCUCUCUUUAUUUCUCGAUUCUCAUUAUUUAGAUGCUUCGGCCGGCAAUUUCGCUGUUGGUUCCACGACUCUCACUUUUUCAAUUCACUUUUCCUUCCUGAGAGUGUGCACCUCUACAAUCGGGUGUCUUGUCUGCGCUGGGUUUGACACUUACACGGGUCUGAUUCACUUCACGUCAAAUUCCACCUUCGUGGUUUUCUGAUAUCUCUGUUCUUUAUUCGCAGUGUGCCUUGUACACUUGUGCGUCAGAUCCUUCCAUUUUUCUACCUUUUGUCGCUCAAGGCUUUUCCUUGUAAAUUUCUUUUGCUCAACAGCCUUGAAACAAUCUGGUUUUCCACCAAUUUCGAAAAUUCUCCACCCCGUUUAUCGUCGCACCGUGUUGGCUUCAGUGUGCAGCACCAAUGAUUCCAGUCAUCGUACUCACCCGAGCUGAUAUAUCUGGCAGCUGGUGGUUUCGCUCACUCGUCUCGAUGUCUGUUAUUAUUAUGCGUUCUCUCCCAUUCUGCUUUCGUCCACUCAACUGAAAGACCAUCCAGUCGUCCACACGGUCUUUUUUAAUCAGACUGAACUUCUUCAAACCUCUCUAGAGAGAGGUGCAAUCAUGCAAGAAGUGCCUUACCGUAAUCGACCUCCUAGUGAGUACCACCGGUACUUAUGUCAAUUUUCGGAGAUGAAGCUGAAAGCUAUGCAGGAUGCAUUCCUGGCUGGCCACGACCUUCUGCCCUUUUUAGAAGGAAAGUCUUUUUCUUACACGCAUCCAACACCGGCCAAUUACGAGGAAUUCUACAAUUCUACAGUGCCUCUUACCACUGCAGUUUCCUGGAGCUUGGCAGCGCCAGAAGCCCUGCACUUUGGAAAGGUGAAAAAUACAAUCAGAACUUCGACGGAGAAUAGCACUGUAUCGGAGUCGUGGGAAUCUGCCAGAAGGCCACCUCCAGGACCACUCGAUAGUGUAAUUCAAGGAGAAUUCUGCUCUUUGUCUGGAUGGAUGAAGGACUGGAAGGGAAGUUCCCAGCAUCUGCGGGCAAUUAAGAUGGCUAUCUCUGGUUCCCAAGAGGAGCUGGGCCGUGACAAGUUUGGGGUGAGAAUCAUUGGCCACGCAGAUUUUGGCCUCAAGCGCGUAGGUUGGCCGAUCACUGACACACCUGCAAUUCCUUAUGAUAGACCCGUUCCCCUAUACUAUCGAAGCUUAGCUGUAUUGAAUGAUACUGCCGAACCAGUGGUGCUCCUGGACGUCUGCGGUGUUCCGUCGAAUGAAGAAACGUUCUCUCUAAAAGAUGAUUUUGCCUUGGCCCAUCACUACGAUGUUUCUGAAGCGCAACAUCAUCGCUCUUCCGAGACUUCUUUUGGCGUGGUUCUUCAGUCUGGGGCAGAGUAUCAAGUUAUGGUGGAGCUGAGAUGCAGCCCUCAGGAUAUUGCUUGGCACCAGCAAUGGAUUCUGUUUCUGUUCGGAAGAGGAGGUUCUUUGCAGCACACGCAUAACGAGGUCUUUGCUAUCGGGCGACGUGUCUCUGCACUGGUAGGACACAAUAUACAGGACGUGCGGAGCUGUUUGAGCACAGAGGCAAAGCCAUUCUAUCCAGCUUAUCUUCGGCAGCUAUUUGAUACUCGGCCAACUGAACUUAAAGGUCACUCAUAUUUGAAGUCUUCGGAUUGGAGAAAGCGAUUGGAUGCUUUUGAGCAAACACAUGUCUCCUCUGUCUGGCCACUGCAACUAGCAAAACUGGAGGAAGCUUUGUACUAUGGAGUCCUUACAAGUGGACUUUUAUCAAACACGUCAAUAGACUUGAGACCAUGUGCAUGUACAGUUGUCCAACUUCGGCAGUUUUCGCGAUUGCUAGCUCUGGAAGAGGCAGCCAUGGAACGUGACAUUAAAGAACACGAUCUUUUCAAUGUACAGCUAAGCCGCCGUGAUGCUUCAGUUUUUAUAUUGGAGGUCCCUGGUCUACCUGAAAAUCGCCCUUCUGUUUUUGCCGGAGAUAUUGUUUACAUUCGCUGGGAAAGGUAUCCAGGUAUGGAAUGUGCAGCAGAUGUUGUCGCUGUAGAAUUUCAGCCAAAGCCCCAACUGACUCUCAAGCUGCCAGAGUACUUUCUCAAGUGGUGUCCUUUGCUACCAAAGCCACUGCUCGUCCAUGUUCGCUUCACAUUCAACCGUUUGGUUCUCACUCGCAUGCACCGUGCUCUUCAAAAGGUGGCCAUUUUAUCCAUGAAGUUGCUGCCUUGCAUCUGCAGUAAGGUCUCGACGACAAAGGUGAAGGAUGCGAGUAUAUCGGACAGUCCCCAAGCUGUUGAGUCUAGCGACAUUAUCACAAGAGUGGAGAUACCAAAGCCUCUAUUAAAGGCAUGUGGUAUUGUGGAGCAUCGUGGAGCUAUGAAAUCUCUUAACCAAGAACAGUGGAAAGCUGUGACAUCUGUUGUUGAUCGCGUGCACGGAGCUGGACCUUAUAUUAUCUUGGGACCACCAGGCACCGGGAAGACAGUAACCGUCGUGGAGUGCGUCUUGCAAGUGCUAGCUACCGAUCCUUCAGCUAGAUUGUGCGUUUGCGCCCCGUCAAACUAUGCUGCGGAUAUCUUAUGCAGUGGGAUUGCUGCAGGAGGUGUCGAUCGUUCAAUGAUGUGGAGAAUGAACGAUCCACGACGAAUCAUAGCUUCUGUCAAAGUGGAUGUGUCACCGUUCUGUGCCUACCAGCUCAAAUCCGAGUUGGAUGACAUGAAAUCUUUCAGAGUAAUAGUUUGCACUUGUGGGGCUGCGGGGAUGCUUCACGAGCCACCCUACUUGGGUAAAGUGGAACCAUUUUCACAUGUUUUUGUCGAUGAGGCGGGGCAGGCCCUUCUACCGGAAGCAUUGAUACCAUUGUCGCUUGCACACUCAAAUGCAUGCCGCGUUCUUUGUGGCGAUCCAAAGCAGCUUGGUCCUGUGGUACAUUCGAGAUUAGCUACAGGGAAGGGGCUUGAUGAUUCUUUGAUCUCCCGGUUCGAGAAGUCCGAAGAGUACCACUCCAACAUAGGAGGUGUCGGAUCACCUGUAAUCAAACUUGUGCGCAAUUACAGAGCUAACGCAAAGUUAUUGGAGCUGCCAUCGCGAAUGUUUUACAACAACGAACUCAUAGCCGCAGCUCAGAGUCACAUGGUUACUCCACCUAAGGAUUGGGAAGAGUUGAAGGGCCGUGACUUUCCCAUGCUCUUCUACGGUGUCAAAGGUCAGCAGAUGCGUGAAGGUGAAUCACCAUCCUAUUUCAACCCAGUGGAAGCCCGAAAAGUGGUAGACUUGGUCAGUGGUCUUAUUUCGAAGACACACAUUUCCGCUGGCGACAUAGGCGUUAUGGCCCCUUAUCGACGGCAGGUGUACAAACUUAGGUUGAUCUUGCGAUCGAGGGCGCUAGGAGCUGUGAGAGUGGGAACUGUUGAUGAUUACCAGGGUCAAGAGGAGAAGAUCGUGUUCAUAUCCACAGUUUUAACAAGACCUGAAUCUCUAUGUAAAGUACAAGCAGAUGUGAAGGAUAACCAGAUUGGAUUUUUGGGAAAUGCCAAACGUUUCAAUGUGGCCAUCACACGAGCCAAGGCAAUGCUGGUGGUGGUUGGCCAUCCUCUUGUCCUCGCUCAGGAUGAAAACUGGAGUGAGCUGCUGCGGUAUUGCUUAGUUCGUGAUGCUUUUCGUGGGUUCGGAAGUCAAUACGUCCCUCCAUUCAGGGCCCGCGAGUCUGCUUGGCAUGCAGAAAUGGAAGACUCGUCAGUACCUAAUGAACACAAUACAGACCAUAUAAACACUUCCGAAGCACUGGAGAUAGCUAAAGCUAUAGAGAAAAUGGCAGAGCUAUCGUUACUGGGUAUGGGACAUGUUGACACGCUUUAUCCAGAAGAUCUGGAUUCCAUGUACUCUGCUUUCAGUGAAGAAAUGGAAUGGCGUGUUCAGCUGUAAAACUGUAGAUAUGAUUAAUCAAAAGGUAGGUAUGACGUCAGUGCAAAUCAUAUAAUUAUCUUGUAAAGUCGAUGGUGGAAUUGCUGUCUUAAGGUGUCUCUGACUACGUUUCCAAGCAUAACGUCUUCAGUAAAAAAGUUUCUUGGCUCUUAUUG